AGCUGAGGCUUAAAAGAGAAUAAAAAAAUAUCAAAACCGCUUCCAUGUUGACAUGCCAAUGACUGACAAAGAGAUGGAGAACAUAUGAAUCUACUUUUUAUUUAUAAAUGUGAUGUUCAUGUUAGAAUUUUAAAUGGUCACAUGAUUUGAGAACUAUGCAAAACUUUUUAAAUCGCUACAAAUGCAAGCGGUAUACAAAGCUCAGCAGCAAAACUAUUCCAACUACUCUUUCGGAUGGGCAGAUGAUGUCUUCUAUGGGCGCCUUAAAAACGAAUCAUGGACCCACGGUGUGAUAUAUUACGAUCUCGACCCAUUCCUCACUCCAGAAAUGGUGCACGCUAUCAAUCAUGUGAUCCACUACUUCAACAGUUUGGAUGUCUGUAUGCAAUGGCUGCAACGUAUCCCCUUUAGCUUUGAUGACAACGUGAAAGACUACAUAUCCUUCGUACACCACAGAGAUUCACCCAACAAAGUAUUUUGUUCCUCGAAGAUCAACCGAGUCGGUGGACAACAGCAGAUCAAACUAGGAACUUUCUGUGUACAAGAGAAGCUAAAGGUUCCUCUAAGACUCGAGAACACCGUCCUGCAUGAGAUGGUUCAUGCCAUGGGCCUCCACCACGAACACCAGAGGCCUGACAGAGAUUGUUACAUCUACAUACCACCUCAGUUGGCUGCCAGACCACGGUACACAAGAGUAAAGGGAUCCUAUUUUCCUUCUGGGUUUCCAUAAGACCUAUACAGUGUAAUGCAUUACCCAACCUCUCAGCUUAGGGUUCACAAAGGUAAUACAGUGAGGCUAGGACGUCAAAAUGUGACUCUGUCUGAGCUCGAUUUACACAAACUGAACCAUCUCUACUGUGGGCGGAAGAGCUACUGUGAGGAACAUAAUACAUGUGCCACCUUCUAUGACUUCGCCAAAACCGAUCCACUGUGCUGGCGCAAAGGGCCGAAAUAUGCCAGCGAUCCACGGAACUUCUCCAAUUCAUUCAGUGAUGAUGACGAUAUAAGCGACGGGGAUGAGUAGGUUACUUCUAUAAUUUUUUAAUAAACCAGCGUUUUAUAUUCUUUCUU